AUGGCAAACAGCGGAUAUGAUGUUGUCGUCGAUGUCGACGACGAAGGAGAUCUCGGACACACAGAUCUAGCAGACUUGGAAUUCCACCCUUCCAGUUACAAUGCCGACCAAGCCAGCGGAAAGAUGCCCACGAGCGCAUCGAAUACCGGCGGGUUCUUCGGCUCAAGUUCAUCCAACAACCGGAGCGGCGAUGGUUCGAGCAAGCGAUUUCUGUGGACAAUGGACUUCUACGCGCAAUUCUUUGACGUGGAUACAAACGAGGUUUUGAAGCGAUGCUGGGCAGCGCUAUUUCCAAGGGAGAGGUUUCUGGAUGUGUUGGACGGGAAUCCGGAUCUUUAUGGCCCGUUCUGGAUAACUACAACUGUAGUAUUGAUCCUAUUUUUAUCUUCCACAAUCGCACAGUACUUCGCCCGUAUGAAGGAUGGACCGUACGUCUACGACUUUGGUCUGCUCUCUGGUGCAGCGGGAUUGAUGUACGGUUACACUGCUUUUGUGCCCAUUGCACUAUGGGGUGUGUUGAGGUGGUAUGGGAGCGAAAGCGCGAACCUCCUGGAAUGCUUGUCAUUGUACGGGUAUAGCAACCUCAUUUGGGUGCCAGUUGCUAUCGCAAGUGCAUCAAAUAUUACAAUCUUAAACUAUGUCUUUGUCGGCGUAGGGUUCGGUGUAUCCGCGCUGUUCUUGUUCCGUAACCUACUACCAGUAGUUAAUGCGACAGAUGCUAAAACGGCUAAGAUACUGCUGGUACUUAUUAUUGCGAUCCACGCAGCUUUAGCCUUGACAAUCAAGAUUCUGUUUUUCGCUCAUGGAAGUCCAGUAGCCAAGAAACCAGAAGGUGAUGCUGCUGCUAUGAUGUUCUAA